AUGGGCGGUAUGGGUACUAUUCACGAACAAAACGAUUUCAUCAUUUAUGCUGAGAACUCGACAAUGACAAUCAACCUCUUGACUGCUGCCGUUCAUGCAGGAGCUAAACGCUUCUUCUACGCAUCCUCAGCCUGCGUAUAUCCAGCCUCUCUACAAGGUCACGGGAAAGCGGAUGUGUCCCUCCGAGAAUCCGACAUCUGGACAAAUCCGCCCCCUCAGCCCCAGGGGUUAUACGGGUUGGAAAAGCUCGUUUCUGAAUUUCUAUUGCAGAACGACGCGUCCAAGAUGAAAACUCAUAUCGCGCGCUUUCAUAAUAUAUUUGGUCCUCGUGGUGCAUGGUGUAAUGGCAGAGAGAAAGUACCCGCUGCAUUGAUUCGAAAAGCAAUAGCCGCUAGCCUCGAUACAAAUCGCGUUCCGACUUUGGAAGUUUGGGGAGAUGGACAGCAGCGGCAGUCAAGACCAGUGGGUGUUGGUUCGCGUAACUCUAACAACGAACUCGUGAAGGCAAAGUUGGGAUGGACUCCCAAGGUAUCUCUCAAGGAGGGGAUGGAGUUGACUGCAUUAUGGAUGAGAGCUCAGAUGGAGAAGGCGGUGAGAGAAAUCAGUAAUAUUGAACGCAGCGCUCUUCUCGAGAAAUUCCACCAAAGCCAAGUGAUCGAUUUGGCAAAAAGCGCUACAACUUUCGCCAUUCUCCUUCCUAUCACAUCUCGUGGGUUAGAUUCGCCCAAAGACUGUUUACGCUAUCUCCAAUCUUUCGCUCGUUCCUUGGCACGGACCACCUGGCGGGACACUCAAGGACUAGGAGGAUCGCAGUAUCGCGCAAAAAUAUAUCUUGCCAUUGACCACGAUGACUACUUCCUUCUACGGGUAAACGGGAAUGGAGACAAUGCUGCUCAGGCGACCCUGUAUGCAGAAGGAGUCGGAGAUAUUACCACCAUCAUUUGUGAUGUCCCUAAAGGUCAUGUCUGCACUAUUUGGAAACAGUGUGCAAGGCGUGCAUGGGAGGAUGGGUGUGAUUAUUUUGUACUUAUGGGGGACGACGUAGAGUUAGGUGACGAAGGUUGGAUGAGGGAUGCACAUGCCGCGUUUGCUACAAUGGCGAAGGUCGAAGGUGUCCCACACGGUUUCGGGUGUGUCGCCUUCACCGACACCACUUUCCCUGGUAUGCCAACUUUUCCGAUCAUUCAUCGGACGCAUAUGGAUAUUUUUGGUGGUGAAGUUAUACCCGACAUUUUUAUCAACCAAGACGGUGAUCCAUUCUUGUUCCAACUCUACAGGCGAUGGGGAUGUUCUCGCAUGUUUCCCUGUAGGAUUUCCAAUCUGGUGGGGGGCAGCGUCAAUGCGCGCUAUCGGCAGCAAUAUGCCUCUGACUGGACUUUCGAGCCUCUCAACAAGGCGACCGAUGCAGUCGAAGCAUGGCUUGCAGGAGUAUAUCCAAGCGUCGAACGGAAGCUAACGAUUGAUGUCGUCAUUCCUUGCUAUCGCGUUCAGCUACCAUUCUUAGAAACCAUCUUGGCUCUUCAACCAUCCCCUACUUGUACGGUGAUGUUCAUCGUCAUCGUCGACAAUCCCCAGUCGCCAAAUAUAUUUGAAUUAGAGUCCAAGUAUGCACAUCGGCCUGAUGUUCGCAUUCGCGUAAACUCGGAAAAUCUGGGUGCUUCAGCAUCUCGAAACAGAGGCAUGAAAGAGUCGUCAGCUGAAUGGAUUCACUUCUUAGAUGACGACGUGACCCCGCAGGAAGAUCUUCUUAUCGAAGCAGAGAAAAUCAUCCGAGCACACCCCAAAGCUGCUGGCUUCGUCGGAAACGCCCAGUUCCCUCCUGCGACCACUAUUUUCACCAACGCUGUGCACCUGGCCGGUGUAACGUACUUCUGGGAUAUAGCAACAAAGAUGAAAGAGGAUAUGCCUUGGGGCGUUACUGCGAAUAUUAUCUCUCGUCGAGUUCAAGAUGGUAUCGAGUACGACAUGAAGUUCCCGAAGACGGGUGGUGGCGAAGACAUUGAUUUUUGUCGCAAGAAACGGGACUUUAUUGUGGCUCAAGGAGGCGAAGGAUUCCGGGCCGCUCCUGAUGUCAUUGUCACUCAUCCUUGGUGGAACGCUGGGAAGAGAUCUUACUGGCGAUACUAUAUGUGGUCAAUAGGUGACGGUAGACUGGUCAAACUCUAUCCGGAGCAUACGUACUUCGAUCAUGCCCCAAAUAGUUCCGAAAUACUGCUGAUCAGUGCGAUGCUGGCUAGCAUUGGGGCGGCUGAGUACUUGGGUGGUAAAAGCCACACUCUGCUGCUGUUUGCAAUCAAACUCGUAAUUGCCACCAUCAUUGCGAACACAACGCACGACUUGUAUAGGCAUCUGUGGAGAGAUGCAGAGAGAAACAAGGCCAUCAAGUCGACCGCCUCAAGAUUUCAGUGGUUUAUGGCAGCGUUCGAAAGUUCAUUUAUUAGAAUGGCAAGUGAAGCUGGGAGGUCAUUCGGGAUGGUUGAGCGAGGGGAGUUGUUACUACUUGGAAAGAGAUUCGACUGGUUCACUGGUCGAGCUGGGGGUGGUCCUCGACGUGAGGAAAGGAUGAAUUCGCGUCAGCGUUUGACGCUGAUUGUUAUAGUCGUAUUUACACUCUGCUAUGUGUCCUUCUAAUUGAAUCACGUCCACACCGUAUAAUCGGAAUUCUUUUUGUAAUU